AUGUCUUUUUUUACUAUUACUAUUAAAGGUUUGAUAAGGUUUGUAUUUAAUGCUUCUAUUGCAAGUGAGUUGCCAAAUCCAAUAGCAUUUAAUAUUUGGUAUGACAAACUUGAAUCUUUAAUAAUCAAAUAUAAAGAGAAUUGUUUGAUCGGAGAAAUUGGAAUUGAUAAAUUGUUUAGAUUAAAGAAUCCAAAUAUUAAUAAGAAAUUGAGAAUAUCAGAUUAUCAAACAUCGAUAGAUCAUCAAGUAUUAAUAUUAGAGAAACAAAUUGAAUUGGCAAUUAAAUAUGGUAAAAGCAUUAGUUUACAUUGUGUACAAUCGAGUGGAAAAAUUGUUGAAAUUUUAAAAAAGUUACGACAAAAAAAUAAUCAACAAAUUGACAAUAGUGAUAAUAAUUUACAAUUGAAAAUAUGCUUUCAUUCAUUUUGUGGAUCAACUGAAACAAUAAGACUUUUAUUAUCUUUAAAGGGCAAUCCUAAAAAGAAUAAAAAGAAUAAAACAUUAUCGAUAGUAUGUUAUUUUAGUUUUAGUAAGCUUGUAAAUGAAAAAUUAUCAAAUAGAUUGCACGAUCUGAUAAAAUUUGUGCCAGAGGAUAGAUUAUUAGUCGAAACUGAUUGUCGUUCAUCGGUGAAUUUAGAUUCUUUAAUGCAAGAUGUUAUUCAACUAGUUAGCAAAGUAAAAGGUUGGUCGUGUGAUUUUACAAUUAAUAAAUUAAAAGAUAAUUUUCUAAAUUUUAUUAAUAAUAAUAACAACAACAAUAAUAAUAAUUGUAAUAACCUUAAUAAUACAAAUGAUAAUAAUAAUAAUUGUAAUAAUCUUAAUAAUAAUACAGAUGAUAAAGAAUGUAAUAUAAAAUGA